AUGUGCGACAUAUUGCCCGUUGAGCUGCGCGAGAUGAUUUACCGAUUUCUGUGUAUCGAGGAGCAGCUCAUACCUGUCGGACCAUACUUUCAUUUCAGGCCCUACUCAGAAUAUAGGCCACUUGAUGGUCUGGCUUCUGCUCUGUCCAGCGGCCGAGACCAGAUUGAUCAUACUGAGAAACCAGACCCUACCAUCUUGAUGCCGGACAGCCACAUAUUCAACUACAAGUACGUGGGCCUUGCUGUUGCUGCUGAGAUGCAGGCAGCGUAUUUCGCCAACAACACAUUCUCCAUAUGCGAUGUCGAAGACGGUAUUGCUGAGUUCUUCCAAGGUGUCAUCUCCCUAGAUGCAGGUGGGGCAAUAGGCAUCCUCAACAUGCCUGGAGAUACGUCUGCGAUGAGCCACAUGCGCAUGUCAGUCAGAGCCUUCAAACUCGUUCGCAAGUUACAAAUUCGCCUCAAGCUUGAACACUUUGGACAAGCUGCAGAUGCACGGGACCUUCCGCCAGGCCCUAUUGGUAUACGCGAGAGAUAUGCCGAGGAACGCAACUUUCUUCGGCAAUCUAAGAAUGCUUUGCACAAGUUGCAGUCUCUACCGCGGGGCCGUCAGCCAUUGCAGCUUGAGUUCAUCAUCAUGACAGACCUAUCAGAUAUCCUACGCGUCGAGGAUCGCGAGCGCUGCUUCAUCAACAUCCUUGAGGCAUACAGAAACAUGUUUUAUGCCAUAAAGUAUGACCAUGAGAAUGCCAUCAUCACUGUAGUACAUCAUGACGAAAGUGUAUCGCCAUUUCCGCGAACGUUGUCUGCUUUGUGGAGUUUGACAAAAGAGCAAUGGGAACAUGUAAGCAUAUCUCUAGCUGGUUCUCAGGCCCUUUUACGCCAUGAUGUAUCUGUAGCGAUUUUCUAA